AUGCGCUACCUCACGCCCCUCCUCCUGCUCCUCAUCACCCUAACCUUCACCGACUCCCUCCCGCACACCAAGCGCCAAUCCUGCUCGUCACCCAUCCAACGCCGCGCCUGGCACACCCUCAGCACCCGCGAGCGCCUAAGCUACCUCGACGCCGAACGCUGCCUUAUGUCGCGGCCCGCACAGACUGGCGCCGAGGGCGCAGUGAGUAGAUACGACGACCUCCUCGGCGCCCACCAGCACCAGGCGGGGUGGAUCCACAACACGGCGUGGUUCCUGCCGUGGCACCGCCUAUACAUGCGCGCGCAUGAGCGCCUGCUAAGGGAGGAGUGUGGCUAUGAUGGGGCGCAACCGUAUUGGGACGAACCGCGCGACGCAGGGCGGUUCUCGGGCGCUGGGAUCUUUGACGCGCGGGAAGGCUUCGGCGGCGGCGGGGAGGGCGAGGAGCGGUGUAUCCGUGAUGGUUCUAUUCUAUUCCGCCCUUGGUUAGUUUUGCAAUUGCGGCGUGCUGACGGGAGAGAGAGGGAAGGCCCGUUUGCGGACUACCGGCUGCACCAGGGCCCUGGCUACGCAUACGAGGAGCACUGCAUCAGCCGCGCGAUCGAUGACAAUGUCAGCAGCUACAUCGGGCAGGACGCGAUCGACGAGUGUCUGUCGCAGCCAGACUUCCAGCGCGCGUGGCCGUGCAUCGAGACGAAUCCGCAUACGGCGGGGCACCGCGGUGUGGGUGGCGUGAUGGAUAAUGCGGUGUCGAGCCCGGGGGAUCCGUUGUUUUAUUUGCACCACACGUUCCUAGACCGGGUGUGGUGGCAGUGGCAGGAGAGGGAUUUGCAACGCAGGUUAGGGGAGGUGACGGGCGGGGUGCCGAGCUUUGCGGAGGACGGGCACUGGGUGGGCAUCAGUCUGGACGAUGUGAUGGAUGUGCAUGGCGUCAUACCGAGUGAAAGGGUGAGGGAGCUGAUGGAUAUCAGGGGACAGGCGUUGUGCUAUGAGUAUAUGUAG